AUGGCUUCGUCGAAACAAGUUGGUAAGAUGGCCUCAAAGUUAAAGGCAGCUACAUCGAAAGUUAUCCUUCAACCAUAUUUUCAAAUGGAUAUUCCAGCUGGUCAAGCAAGUCCAGCUCCACCACUUGGCCCUAUUCUCGGUCAACAUUCGUUAAAUAUUGCGCAGUUCUGUAAAGAUUUCAAUGAAAGAACUAAAGACAUUAAAGAAGGAAUUCCAUUACCAUCGCAUGUUUACGUUAAACCUGAUCGAACAUAUGAAUUAGUUUUUUAUACACCAACGAUUGAACAUCUUCUUUUACAAGCAGCUGGUCUCAAACGACCAGCAAUUAAUAUUGGCAAAGAACCUGGUGGCCGAAUAAGUGUUAAACAUAUCUAUGAAAUUGCUAAAGUAAAAAUUCAAGAUGAGCCUUAUCAAGGCUUAACAAUGAAAGAAAUGUGUCGUGUAUUAAUUCAACAUGCAAAUAGAAUUGGUAUGGAAGUUGUUAGUUCAUUGAAUGUUGCGGAACAAACAAAAUAUAUGGAAGAAUUACGUGCACUCCAUGAACGACAAGCUAAAGAAGCUGAAGAAGCUCAGCAAGCAAAACUUCUACGUGGAGCUACUGCCACUGCCGAUAAAGGUGGCAAAAAAUAG